UCCAUCCUCAUACAGAGAGAAGAGCCCCAGUCGUUUGCCCAGAAGCUACAGCUCCGCGUCCCCUCUGUGGAGUCUCUCCUCCUCCGCGGUGCCAGCCGGGCCGAGGGCCUCUUCCGUUCCCCGUCUAAAGAGAGCCUGAACCGCAGCCCCUCUCUCAACUCCCUCACCCCCCUGGGGGAGAAUGAGCCCCUGGCCUCACCCUCUGCCACCUCAGCCUACGACCCUCCAUCAGACAUCGAGAGCGAGGCAGAGGAGUCGUAUGGUAGCCCUGAAUCCCUGCCGGCCCUGUCUAAAGAACAGCUGAUCCAUCGGCUACACAGGGUGGAGAAGAGCCUGGGGAACUACAGAGGGAAAUACUCAGAGUUGGUCACUACCUACAGAACAGUCCAGAGGGAUAAGGAGAAGACCCAGGCCAUUCUCAGUCAGAGUCAAGACAAAGCUCUCCGUAGGAUAGGGGAGUUGAGAGAGGAGUUGCACAUGGACCAGCAGGCUAAGAAGCACCUCCAGGAGGAGUUUGAUGCUGCCCUGGAGGAGAAGGACCAGAUGAUUACUGUGCUUCAGACCCAGGUUGCCCUGAUGAAGAAACAUCUGAAGGGGGUUCCUGGUGGAGCUGUGGCCCCUGAGGUUGAACAUCCUCUCCAGGCUGAAGAUGCUCCAGACUCCGCCUCUGCCCCACAGAGCCCCUUCAAAGACGCAGCAGAGGGCGUCACUGACCCAUCUAAAAGCAUGGAGGUGCUGCAGAAGAGGGUGACGCGCCAGGAGAAUCUGCUCCAGAAGUGUAAGGAGCUGCUCAGGACACACAAGGAGCGCAGUGCCCAGCUGACCAGUGAGAAUGACACUCUGCAGGAGCAGCUGCAGGAGAGACUGCAAGAGCUGGAGAAAACCAAGGAGCUGCACACCACAGAGAAGACCAAGCUCAUCACCCAGCUGCGUGAUGCUAAGAACCUUAUUGAACAGCUGGAGCAGGACAAGGGCAUGGUCAUAGCAGAGACAAAGCGUCAGAUGCAUGAGACCCUGGAGAUGAAGGAGGAGGAGAUCGCCCAGCUCCGCUCCAGAAGCAAGAUGGCCACCGCCCAGAGAGAGGAACUGCAGGAGCAGAAAGAGAAGUCUGAGAAAGCAGGGUUUGAGGAGCUAGAGAAGGCUCUGGCCAUGGCCCAGAAGGCUGAGGAGGCACGGCGGCUGCUGCAACUCCAGCUGGAGGAACAGGUGAAGGAAGUAGUGCAGGCCGGGGAAGAGGAGAGGAGGAGUCUGCAGCAGGAGCUCACCAGGGUCAAGCAGGAGGUGGUAACCAUCAUGAAGAAAUCCUCAGAGGAGAAGAUGGCAGAGAUGGAGAAGCUACAUAGUGAAGCACUGGCCAGUAAAGAACAGGAGCUCAGCGUUCGAGUCAACCAGGCCGUGGAGCGGUGUCAAGAGGAGCUGGCCCAGGCUGCCAAGGAGUUGGAGCAGCAGUCUGCUCUUGCCCUGGAAGAUGCAGAGCUGCAGAAGGCUGCCAUAGAGACCGAGGCAGAGACCAAUGCUAAGGAAAUACUUCUGGAGCUGGAGACCACCAGAACUAGAAUUCUGGAACUGGAGAGCUCUCUGGAAAGGUACUCCCAACCUGGGUCAGUUCCGUCAUCAGAUGAUCUCUCCACUCAGAUGGAGGAGCUGAGGAGAAAACACGAGGAGGAGGUGACUGCACUAGAGGAGAAGCACCGCGAGGAGCUGGAGAAGCACAAGGUAGAGCUGCACCAGGAGGCCUUAGCCCAACACAACGCUGCCAUGGAGGAGUUCAGGGCAAAGCACAGAACUGAAGUGGAGACCAUCUUGAAGGAGAAAGAGGUCCAGUUGCAGUCCCAUGUAGAGGACAUGAACCAGAAGACAAUGGAGAAGCUGGAUGUAAAACAAACUGAGUUGGAAGCCCUUUCCUCUGAGCUCCAGGAGGUGUUGAGGAGCAAGCAGGUUCUCGAGGAGAGACUGGAUGCAGUUGAAACCGCUGGUGGGUCAUCCAGGCAGGAGCUGGAGCAGAGACUACAGGAGGUGCUGACCAAGCACAGUGUGGAUAUUGAGGAGAUCAAACUGCAGCAUGUGCAGUCCCUGGGAGGGAUGGAAAAGACGCUAAAAGAAGAACUCAACAAGUUGAUGCUGGUGCUGAAGGAGAAAGAGAAGGAGCUUGAGGCUCACCUUGUCUGUGAGAAAAGACUGAAUGAAGAAUCAGAGAUGGUUCUUCAAGACCGGAAUGCCAAGGUUAAAGAAUUAGAGGAGCUUAGGAAGAGUUUAAAACAGGCCCAAUCCGAAAAGAAGGGCCUUGAGAAAUCUAAUGCCCAACUCCGUAAGAUCAGAGAUGAACUCUCACAGUGCAAGAGUCAGUUGAUAGAUUUGGAGCAAAAACUGGUGACAACUCGAAGUGACUGCCAACAGAAAGAGGAAUCUCUUCAACAAAAGGUACAGGAGCUUGAAGAGCUAGAGAAGCAGUUGCAACAGGCUAAGAAGCAGCUCUCUGAACAGGAUACAUCUUACACUGAUGAACUGAACACUAAGCAAGAGGAAGAAAAGCAACUAAAGAAACAGCUAGAGGACCAGAAGGCUGCUCAUGAGAAGGUAGAAAACAUUAAGACCGACAUGGAGGCCAAGUUGAAAUCACAGGAAGCGAAGAUGGAGAAAUUUAAAACAAAGAACAAAGAGAUGCAGGAGAAAUUCAAGAAGAAGCUUCAGGAACUUGAGGAAUCUUCAAAAAAGGAGCUGGCAAAGAAGGAGUCAGAGCUAUUGCAGAAGGAACAGCAAGGUAAAGAGAAAGUCCUGGAGUCUCAGACAAGUUCAGAAGGCCUGAGCAGUGCUAUGUCCCAGCUUGAGGCCAACCACAAGGAAGAACUAGAGAAGAUGUGUGAAGUCCAUAAGCAAGAGAAGGAAAAUCUUGAGCAUCAUUGGCAGGGAAAGCUGGGACAACAGGAAGAGGAAAUACAAGAGAAACACAAACAAAUACUACAGGAGAAGGUACAGGAAUUGGAGGAUGUCACCCAGCAGCUUGGAAAGACCAAAGACGAAAAAGAGCAAGUUGUGCAGGAAGUGAAGAACAUGAAGGAGGAGUUGGUGAUGAGACAGACCACUGUGCAGAAACUGCAAGCCGAGCUUAAGGAAGCGGCAGUCAAGAUGGAGAGUUUAUCUCAAUCUGAGGCAAUGUUCAAAGAGCAAGUAGAGGUGAUUGAGAGGAAUCUAAACACGGCUCUGAAUGAGAGGAACUCCUUCCAGGAUCAGGUAAGCAAGACUGAGGAGAAGGCAAGAGAGACGAUCAAGGCUCUGUCUGAGAGGUUUGUAGACACCGAGACGCAGCUUCAAGCUCUUGAGGCUUCUAAGGGUGAAGAAGGGGAGGCCGUUCAGAGGAGGCUUGAACAGCAUUCUCUUCAAUUGGAAGUCAAGGAAAAAGAACUGCAGAAGCAGUUCACUGGGAUUAGCAACGAACUGAUGCGUUACUGCAGGGAAAUUGAGGCCAGCAUCGAAGGUGGUACGAAGGAACUCUCUGAGCGAGUCGAGAGCAGAGUGAGAGAGUUGAAAGAGAGGGUUCUGGGUAAUCAGAAGAAGGUAGCACAUCUUAAAAAUGUUAUCCUUACCAAGGUUGACAGGAUACGCACUUUGGAGGAGCAACUCCAUCAGAGGACAGAGGAGAAUAAGAAUCUAUGCAGUUCACUAGAGCAAAUGACUGUUCAGCUAAAUGUACACAAAGAUGAUAUCAAAGCCUUAACUGCUGAGAGGGAGUCUCUGCAGAGGGAUGCUGAGAAUCACGCUCAAGCUCUCUCAGAAAAAGUCAUUUGCAUUGAACAGCUCAGUGAGGAAAACCGAACCAUCUCAGAGAAUGUCAAAUCAAAUGUUGUGCAUAUCAGCAACUUGGAGAGUAUCAUAAAUGACUUGAAGACCCAGUUAUCAGGUAGCCUUACGGGGAAGGAUGAAGCCAUAUCACUGCUUGAUCAGCAGCACAAGGAGGAGAGACAGAGGCUUGUUUGCCAAAUGGAGGAGAUCAUUGACAGACUAGAGAAAGAGAAGAAAUCUGCAGUGGAGCAAGCCGACACCCUCAGGAACAACCUCACUGAGUUCAAGACGGAUGCAGAGUCCAAGUUCUCUCAGAACCACAAUACUGUCAAGUCUCUGCAGACCAGACUUGAGGAUAUGGAGAAACAGAUCUCUGAGAAGAACGAGGCCUUACAGAGGCUGACGGCCAGCAUUGACAAUCAGUCCGUCAGCAAGUCGGAGAUGGACCAAGCCUUGAGUGAAAAGGAGCAGAAAGUCAGUGCCCUUUCUUUGGAAGUGGAGAGCUGCAACAGCCGGCUCAGUGAGCUGGAGGAGCAGUUGGUCCUCAGGACGAAAGAGAGUGAGCAGCUAACUGCUGACCUGAAGCAGCAGCACAUUAUCAGGGAGAGUGAGAAGCGAGAGCUCACAGAGCAUCUACAACAGACCCAGGAGCAGUUCAGAACCCAGAAUGUAAAUCUAGUCCAGGCUACAGAUGGGAAACUGCAGUCCCUGGAGAGAGAGAACCAAACUUUGAAACAAGAGCUGGAGUUGCAAAGGGAAGCCGUUGAGAAGACGAAGGCUGAGAUUCUCAAGAGCAAAGAGGAGAGUCUGAAGGCGGCUGAAGAGAGGUUGUCAAAAGACAAUGCUGGGAAAGUGACCGAGCUGAAGAAGAAAGCUGAGCAGAAAAUCAGCCAGAUUCGGAAACAGUUGACCUCACAACUUGAGGAGAAGGGAAAAACAAUCAAAGACCUUCAAACACAGUUGGAAGAGGCCAAGAUCGAUGAAGCGAGAAAGAAGCAGCAGGUGGAAACCCUGGAGGAGAAAGAAAAUUCCCUUGAGGAAGCCAUGGCCAAGAUGACGGAAGAGCAGGUGAAACGCAUUGAGCAAGUGCGUAGUGAUGAAAGACGGGAAAAAGAGAGCUCUUUACAGAGUUUGAAGGACAGUUACGAGGAAAAGCUAUCAUUACUUCAGAAAGACAUUUCAAACCAGGAGGAAGCCCUAGCCAAGCUGAAGGAAGAACAAGAAAAACAUAUUGAGCAAGUACAGAACGUCGAGAGACUUGAGAAAGAGAGCUUAUUGGAGAGUUUGAAGAACAUGUACGAGGAAAAGCUAUUGUCACUUCAGAGAGAUAUUUUGAACCAGGAAGAGACCAAAGCAAAUGAGACCCUCUCAAGGCUUGAGGAGAUUAAGAUUAAUCUUAAGGAAGUGGAGGUGGAAAAAGUAAACUUUCUGGCUGAAAUAAGCUGCCUGAAGGAUGAUCUGCUUGAGAAGACUACACUGAUCGAACAGCAAAAGACAGAAUUGGCUCGCUUAGAAAAACAGGGUAUGAAUGCAGUGGAGGUCGUGGAGCAUUGCACUGCAGAGCAAACCAAGAGUCUCACAGCAGGCAAAGAGACGGAGAACCACUCUCUGACGCAGGAAGAUGGGGAUGCUGAAUCUCUGUCGUCCCUGCAGAAUAAGCUGGCAGAGGCAGCGCAGGAGAAGCAGAAUCUACAGAAAGACUUGCGUUCCCUGAGGAGGGAGCACGAGCAGGAUCUGGAGUAUGUGAAGAAAGAGUUGGCCCAAGAGAAUGAGAAGAAGCUCAAGCUUGAGGUCGAGGAUCUGGAGAUGAAGCAGAAUUCGUCCCUGAAGCAGCUGAUGAGGGAGUUCAACACACAGAUGGCUUUGAAAGAACAGGAGAUGACUGCUGCACUGAAGGAGACCAUUGGUGAGAGGGAAUCAGAGCUUUCUGACAAGCCAUUGCAUGAUAAGACACUGGCAGGGAAGGCCCAGAGCGUGGAGGUGGAGCUUAUGGACAGCCAUCGGGAAGAGACCAAUCAGCUGCAGAAGGUGAUCGCCCAGAAAGAUGACGACUUAAACAGAACAGUCCAACGAUAUGAGCAGGUCCUGCAGCAGAGUCGAGAGGUGGAGAUGGGGGACAGAGUGUGGCAGGUACAGAAAGAGCUGGAGGACCUGCAGGCAAGGACCCACAGCGGCAGUGGAGAGAUGGGCGUGGAGGAGCUGCAGGCCCAGCUAGCUGAGAAGACCACCCUGCUUAGUGAGGCCAGGCUGAAGGAGCAGCAGUUUGUCGACAGGAUCCACUCACUGGAGGACAAAAUGAGAUGUGUCCACAAGAACUCAGUGUUGAGUCAUAUGGGGAGCACGUUCAAAGAUCCUGGCCAUUACCGUGCUGAGUCCUUCUCGGAACCCACAGAGUUUGAGUACCUGAGGAAGGUGCUGUUUGAGUACAUGAUGGGGCGGGAAACUAAGACGAUGGCUAAAGUCAUAACCUCCAUGCUCAAGUUCCCACAAGACCAAGCUCAGCAGGUUCUGGAGAAAGAGGAUACAAAAGCAAUUCCUUGGCUACGAUGAGGGUCAGGUAUUAGAAUGAUGCUGGUACUUUAAGGAUGGAGGGUGGACUAAACUGCUGCUGAAGGACUAGAAUGAAGACUACUGUACCUCUGUGGACUAGCUCUAGCCCUUCUACUGUCCUGUCUGACUUCUUUUGCUUCUGACUGUGUGUGUUUGUGCGCUGUGUAGAUAUGUGUAUGAGCUGCAUAGCUAAUCUUAUGAGGGAACUAUAAAAUAUGCCAACUAAAGAUAGUAUCUAAUUCUUCCAGUCUACUUUCACGUGAUGAAAUUAGGGUUUUUAAUUUAUGAAUUAUACAAUAUUUGUUUGUUUUUUAGUCCAAAAUUAAUUCUCUUUCUUACUUAGAUUUUCUUUGGAUGGAUGGCUUGUGCAAUAAGUUUGUUUUGGUCAUUGGGUUGGUUGAUUGUUUUUGAGUUGAUUCUUUGGUUGUGUUUUCUGAUAAACGAACUGUCCAGUGUUUCCAGAUUUCUAUUAAAUAUGACCUAUAAUUAAUGACAAUAUGAGUGAAAUACUUUUCCUUUGAGAACGUAGUAUUUAAGCAGCUUUUCUGUGUUGGAAUGGUGUGGGUGUACCCCAACAACUAACCUUAUGUAGCAGGUCUUAAAGAAAUGCCAGAAACUAGAUUCCCUACACACUAGUCUUGACGAGAAGAAAAAAAACUGUCAGGGGAGGUUCUCUUCUGCACUGCUCAGCCAAUCCAUUAAAUGUGGAGGAGGAGUUAAGAUGGAGUUGCAGCACAGGCUCUUUCCAUUUCCCCUGAAAACCAGAACAUCCGGUUGUUGGGGACUACCCAACAACAGAAUAGUGUGGGCGUAUACCGGUCAUUAAUAAUAUGAACGUGAGUAGACCGCUGAUUGGCCAGCUCAGCCAAUGAGGCAGGAUGACAUCGUUCUCUAUGAGGGAAUGGCAAGCAUUUUUUAAACUGUCUGUUUGAGAUACAAGUUUGAGGCGGGGUUUUUGAAGUGUUAUUUCUUCAAUUUAUGCUUUGCCCACAAAUAUGAGUAUAAGACUAGUCAACAACAUUAUUUGGGUAUGAGUUAACAGAAUAUGAACUUUUAGGAGAUUUUAACUGGACAGUUACUUUAAAUUAUGUUUUUCAGUUGAUCCAUGGUUGUUUUUGAGUCGAUCUUUGGUUGUUUAUCAGUUGAAUUUUGGUUGUUUCUGCUCUACGUAUCAAUUCCCCCUUAUGACUGUGUGAUGGAUCAUAGAAAUAAAAUAUCCACGUUCUAUUUCUCUGGGUUGUUAAUAUGAAUCUGCAUUGUAUUUCUAUGGCUGAGAGGUCCCUUUAACUGUACCUUCCAGUACACUACCACUUCGACACACUGGCUUCUAGGACCAUGUUUGUUUGUUUCCCACAGCUUUUCUACUUUAUCUUUUGUGGAGACUGACCAAAAAAUAAACUCAAAACAUAUUGUAAAGAAAAAAGUGAAUCUGUACUAUUGGGAACAAUGUGACUGUUGGCUAUAUUAAUACAUUUUGAGACAAGCUAAUACAAUUUUAUUUACACUGAU